AUUUCCUCUCUAAUUUAUAUUUCAAUUCCACCAUUACUCCUUCCCCACGUUCCCUUCUCUCACUAUACAACACACAGUCACAAACCCAUCGUCAUCUUCAUCUUUGUUUUAGUUUUCCAUACUCUUUCAAUCCAACCAAAUAUUCAAACUCUCCAACAUGACAUCCUACGGCACCAUCCCGACAUCUUCCGCGCCGGGACCUUCUACGAAUCUCGAAUACCUCUCUCGUGCCAAAGAGAGGAUCAAGGCCGGCCUCGGCACCCGCCGCCCAUGGAAGCUCAUGUUCAACUUCCGCGCUCUCGGCCUCCCCUCCAGCCUAGCCGAUGUCUUCUCCAGGGUCCGCACCAACGUCGGCUUCUUCCGCAUGAACUACGCCAUCAUCGUCCUGCUUAUCCUCUUCCUCAGCCUGCUGUGGCACCCCAUAUCGCUCAUCGUGUUCGUGGUCAUGAUGGCCGUGUGGCUGUUCCUCUACUUCCUGCGCGACGAGCCGCUGGCGAUCUUCAACCGCACGAUCGAUGACAGGGUGGUGCUGAUCGUGCUGGCGGUUCUGACGGUUGUGUUUUUGUUGCUGACGAAAGCCACGUUGAAUAUUCUGGUGGCGCUGUUGAUCGGCGUGGUGCUUGUCCUGGUGCACGCAGUCGUGAGGAGGACCGACGAUCUGUUCUUGGAUGAAGAGGCGGCUGGCUUGAUGACCGGAGUUGGCGGUAGCCCCGGAUCUAUUCCCUCUUAAAUUAAAAUUGUGUUAUUUUUUCCAAUUGGCCAAUUUGAUUUUUGGUGACCCAGUAAACAAGAAAUGUGUUUUUCUUUACAGUUUAAUUAUUCGUUGAGGUUUUUAAUUGUUGAUGGGAGUGAGCAGUAUUGAUCGUUGUCCUACUUUUUCUAGUAGUUGUGAGCUUUUAAGGGAUU